GUGCACAACUUAAGCAUCCCGUUUCUAUUCUUUGUUUCAUCACAAUACCAUGAAACCACUCCAUUUUUCAUACAGCAAGUACACCAAGAAAUUUCACAUGCCUUCCCUUGGCCUUGCGCUAGUGCUGCUGAUCUCGUUGGUUUCUCCCAUCGAUUCCUGCACACACCAGGAGAGGGACUCCCUUCUCCAGAUCCUGGCCGAGCUUGGCCUCGCUGUGUCAUGGCGGAGAAACACUGACUGCUGCACGUGGGAAGGGAUCACCUGCAACCAAGACAGAAAGGUUACUGAUGUUUCUAUGGCUUCUCGACGCCUUCAAGGCUCCAUCUCGCCAUUUCUAGGCAACCUUACCGCCUUGCUGCGACUCAACCUGUCCCACAAUUUGCUGUCUGGUGGCUUACCGCUUGAAUUGGUGCAGUCCAGCAGCAUCAUUGUCCUUGACGUCAGCUUCAACCGCCUGACAGGAGACCUGAUUGAGCUGCCAUCUUCAACCCCUGCACAGCCUCUGCAGGUACUGGACAUCUCAAGCAACUUGUUUACAGGAAGGUUUCCAUCCACAACAUGGGAAGUGACGAAGAGCCUGGUCGUCCUUAAUGCUAGCACCAACAGUUUUACUGGGCAGAUACCAACUACACCAUGCGUUAGCGCGCCGUAUUUUGCCAUGCUUGAUCUGAGUUUUAACAAAUUCAGUGGAAAUAUCCCUCCAGGGCUCAGCAAUUGCUCCAAGAUGACAUUGCUCAGUGCUGGCCACAACCAACUUAGUGGGAUUCUUCCGGAUGAGCUCUUUAAUGUUACCUCAUUAGAGCACCUCUCUUUACCUGACAAUCAUUUGGAAGGGCCACUCAAUGGCAUAAUGAAGCUUACCAAUCUGGUCACGCUUGAUCUUGGAGGAAAUGGGCUCAACAGCAACAUUCCAGAAUCAAUAGGUGAGCUGACAAAACUGCAGGAGCUGCAUUUGGACCACAAUAACAUGUCAGGGGAGCUCCCAUCAGGUCUGAGCAACUGCAUAGAUCUCAUAACAAUUGACCUCAAGAGCAACUACUUCAGCGGAGAGCUAACCAAGGUUAACUUCUCAAACCUGCCCAAUCUAAAGAAAUUAGAUCUUCUAUACAAUAACUUCACCGGCAACAUUCCAGAGAGCAUAUACUCCUGCAGCAAGCUGACUGCACUACGGCUAUCCCACAACCAAUUCCAUGGUCAACUAUCAGAAAAAAUAGGCAAUCUGAAGUCUCUCUCGUUCUUAUCACUUGUUAACAGUUCUCUUACAAAUAUAACAAGAGCACUUCAAAUCCUUAGUACUUCCAGGAGUCUCACAACCCUUUUUCUUGGGUUCAACUUCAUGCACGAGACCAUGCCAGAUGAUUACACUAUUGAUGGUUUUGAGAAUCUUCAGGUUCUGGGAUUAAAUGAUUGUUCAUUGUCUGGACACAUUCCUCACUGGUUAUCAAAGCUAACAAAUUUAAGGAUGAUAUUUUUGCUCAACAAUCGACUCACUGAACCUAUACCUGACUGGAUCAGCAGCCUAAACUUCCUCUUCUGUCUAGACAUAUCAAACAACAGCCUUACAGGGACAAUUCCAUCAGCCCUAAUGGAUAUGCCAAUGCUAAGAUCAGACAAGAUUGCACCAAAUGUCUUUGAGCUUCCUGCUUACGAUAAGAUACCAUCGCUCCAGUACCUCAGACCUGGCGCUUUUCCAAAAGUGUUGAAUCUAGGCAUGAAUAACUUUUCUGGUGAGAUCCCCAAAGGUAUCGGUAAGUUGCAAACACUUCUGUCACUAAAUUUGAGCUACAACAAAUUAUCUGGAGGUAUCCCACAAUCACUAUGUGCCCUCAAGAAUCUGCAGGUGCUUGAUUUUUCCAGCAAUCAUCUCACUGGUACAAUUCCAAACACACUAAACGAUCUGCACUUUCUUUCCAAAUUCAGCAUUUAUAAUAAUGACCUAGAAGGCCCUAUUCCAACCACGGGCCAGCUCAGCACAUUUCCGGGUUCUAGCUUUGAUGGAAACCCAAAAUUGUGUGGCCCUAUGAUUGUUAACCAUUGUGGUUCAACAGAAGCAGGUCCAGUCUCCAUUGUCUCGACAAAAGAUAUUAGCACUGAGGCCAUCUUUGUGAUUGCCUUUGGUGCUUUCUUUGUAGUAGGAGUCCUAUAUGACCAAAUAAUCUUCGUCAGAUAUUUUGGCUAAACUCUUGUAAUUUUCACCAUCCCCAAACCAUGAUGUGAUCUUAAGUGUUUCUCAGUUCAGAAAGACCAUGGAAGUGGCUCCAGCCCAGUAAACUUGGUAUCUUGAAUCAGAGGGAAGUGAUUAGCGAGUGUCAACAGCGUGUAAGCACAUUGUUUUCAUAGAAUAUGUAACUAAUUAUUUAUUUGCUCAGUAUUUAUUUCCAUAGAUGCAAAGAGUGAUGAAUGUUUAUCUGGGAUGCAAAAUUGCCAAGGACACAUGAGUAAUCUGCAAUCUAGCACACUCACAUGAGAUUGAGAUUUUAGAGCUCCGCCAACAAAGUUAACAGAUUUACCUAAUUAAAGAGUCUGGAGCAUUCAUAGAAUAAAAUCGGCAAAACAAGACGAAACCCUCAAGCUUGAUCCAUUUGACAUCUAACACCAAACCAGUAUCGAUAUUCUCCAGCACACAAUAUAUAUAGAGGAAAAAAGGAGAAAUAUACAUGAAAUCUAUCAAACAGAGAGAUGGUGCUACAACGUCGCAUGAAUUAAGCAGAUGCUCCGUGAUCUCUAUAAAACCUUAAUUGGCAGCAUUUAACCCAUGCAGAAAAGAAUGCCGACAUUUACCAUGUUCCUGUCAGGCCUGUGUCCAUCCCCUUCUCACUGAUCUAAUUUGAACUUGAAUUGGAAUCCUCAUGUGUCAUUGAAGUCCUCGCUGAAAAAAUAUUAUAUGUCACAGAAGUCACUAAAUCUCUCCCCUUUUUUCCAUCACUUCAAUAAUAGAAUGAUAAUAGACUUCCCGAGGAAAACAAAAUACAGAACAUAACUUUCAUAACAUCAUGUAUUAUGCUCCGGUAACUUGUGUUCCACAUUAUUGAGUCUACUAUACAUCAGAAAUUUCAUGUGCUUGUUGAGCAUUGACACUAGGAAGUUGAUGAGAAUGCUGAAUUUUCAGGUAUAUGAAUGACUAAG